AUGUCAUCAAUACCACUUGAUAUUGAUACACUCCCGUAUUUCAAUCCCAAUGUCGAUCGAAGAGUAGCUAUAAUAACUGGAGGGAACAGUGGUAUUGGUUUUUACACAGUUUUGCAUCUAUAUCUACACGGAUACGUAGUUUACAUCGCCAGUCGGUCAAAGUCACGAUGCUUGAAGCUGAUUAAUGAGUUGGAAUAUCGGGCUAGUCAGAUGAGACUUUUGGGCCAGGGGAGUAAUCCUCAACAGCAUAGUUUCAAUGAGGCCGCAGGGACUAAUGCUAAUAGUGAAGUGAGCCAGCGUAGUGUAGGUGAAGUGCAUUAUCUAGAAAUGGAUUUGAGUAAUCUACAAUCGAUUGUUAAUGCUGUUGAAACAUUCAAGUUGAAAGAACGAUAUCUUCAUUUAUUAAUCAACAAUGCCGGUGCAAUGGCCUUGCCGUAUACCAAAACAGUUGACGAUUUUGAAAUCCAACUACAAACCAACUUUAUAUCACCAUUUUUGUUAACUUUAAAGUUGUUACCUAUACUUGAGCGGACAAGUGACACGUUCCCCGACAUUGAACCAAGACCAAGAGUCAUUUAUCUAAGCUCUUUUGGUCAUCAAUUUGCUUUUCGGUAUUUCAACUUGAAAACAGUGUUGGAUUACAGACCCAAUUUCAUCUUGACCUGGAUAAGAUAUGGAGUUGCCAAAACUGCAGGAAUCCAUUUCAUCAAGAUGUUGGCCCUACGCAACCCUAAAGUAUUGUGCAUUUCAGUACAUCCUGGACUAAUCAUGAAUACCAAUGUGUUUGCCUAUUGGACAAAUUUACCAAUUGUGGGCAUCAUUUUCUGGUGUCUUUUCCAAAUUUUCGCUUGGGUGUUUGGUGUUAGUUCAGAGCAAGGGGCAUUGGAAGUGAUACGAUGCUCUUUGAAUCCACGAUUGUCAGUUGAGGAGAAUAAUGGGAAAUAUUUUGGAUCGAAUGGAAAAGAGUUGCAACCUUCCAAGGUGGCUAAUGAUAUGGAUUAUGCCGCAAGAACUUGGAUUUGGACUGUACAUGAGUUGAGUAAACGAGGGUUUGUUAUACCGGGAGCAUAG